UCAAACUUAUAAUUAGAAAUUAUAAGUCCAGGUUUCCUCACGAUGUUUACCUUCACCGUUUGUCAGUGGUGUCUAAAUAAUCAUACUUAUAAUCAGACUACGAAAAAGUCACAUUGGUACUUGCUAGGCAUGAGAAGCGGGCUCCUUAACCUCCGGGCCACCACGACCAAUCAGUGCAGUCAUAGUUACCUACAUAAAUAGAUUA